AGAACCAAUAAGAUAUCGUGAGCGAAGUAAGCUUCAGUCUUUUAUUUAAAUACGAGAGUGGCUGGACAUAUGGUACAGUUGUUGCUAAACGCUUAAUGUCAGCAUGUCAGCUUUGCAGGCUGGUUGCAACUGCGCUGCACCGUACAUCGGCCCAGCUCUGACUGAAACAUGCGGUGCUGGAGCCUUUGCCAUCUUCAUGGGAAUGCUGGAUAUGUUCCUGAGAAAACAGUGUGACUUGGAGGACCCUUGCGGUCGGAUCAAAGGUCGAGAGACGGUCGACUCCACGGGCUAUGACUUCAUUGUUGUUGGCGGGGGUUCAGGAGGUGCAGUGGUUGCCAGUCGACUAUCGGAAGUUCCGGGAUGGAAGGUGCUGCUACUGGAGGCUGGGGGCGACGAGCCCCCGGGGUCACAAGUCCCGUCUAUGGUCAUCAAUUAUCAGGGCUCUGAGCUGGACUGGAACUAUAAAACCGAACCGGAACGAGUGGCGUGCUUGGGGAACCCGGAACAGCGAUGUGACUGGAUCAGGGGGAAGGUGCUGGGUGGAUCGAGCGUGCUAAAUGGCAUGAUGUAUAUACGAGGCCACCCAAGGGACUACAAUGCCUGGGCGAAAGCUGGCAAUACCGGGUGGAGCUACCAAGACGUUCUGCCCUACUUCAUGAAAUCAGAGGACAACCUGCAGAUGAACAAGAUGGACCGAGGCAUGCACGGGACGGGAGGGCCCCUCACUGUCACCCAGUUUCCCCACCGCCCACCCCUCGCCGAGGCCAUCCUUCAGGCGGGACGGGAACUUGGUUAUCCAGCGGACGUCGACCUGAAUGGCAAGAGUUACACCGGCUUUGUUAUAGCACAGACCACAUCCAGGAACGGUUCGCGGAUGAGCACUGCAAGGGCCUUUCUCCGGCCUGCGAGGAACCGACCCAACCUCCAUAUAAUAUUGAACGCGACAGUCACAAAAGUUCUUAUCAAUCCGACGACGAAAAAGGCCGAGGGUGUUGAAUUCGUCAGGAAGGGCAGCAAACAGACGGCUAGAGCCAGUAAAGAGGUCGUCCUCUCCGCAGGAGCGAUCAACUCGCCGCAACUACUGCUACUCUCUGGGGUCGGCCCCAAACAGCACCUCGCCAAGGUGCGAGUACCACUAGUGCACGACCUGAGAGGAGUCGGUCAGAAUCUGCACAACCAUGUCGCAGUGUUCAUCAACUUCCUGCUGCGUGAGAAUGCAACUGCUGACCUUGACUGGGCGGCCGCUACGGAGUACAUGCAGAACAGGAAGGGGCCGCUGUCAAGCACAGGCCUGUCGCAGAUAACAGCAAAGCUGAAUUCCAUGUACGCAGACCCUGCUGGAGACAAUCCCGAUGUUCAACUAUUCUUCGGUGGUUACCUUGCCAAUUGCGCCAGAACUGGAACAGUGGAAGAACCUGCGGAUACCGAGAAUCCUACCAACAAACGUAGUAUAAGUAUCUCGCCAGUUGUGCUGCAUCCAAAGAGUCGCGGAAACAUUACUUUGAACAGUUCCAACCCACUGGACCCACCCCUCAUGUACGCUAACUACUUAUCGGAUCCUUCUGACAUGGCAACUUUACUCGACGCCAUAAAUAUCUCUCUGAAGCUCGGAAAUACAAGAGUACUGAGAGAACGCUUCGGCUUUGAACUUGACAAGGCUCCAAUACCAUCCUGCGUUGAAAAAUCUUCUUUUGGCAGCCGAGGCUACUGGGAAUGUUACGCCAGAACUGCUACAGGACCGGAGAAUCACCAAGUUGGGUCAUGUCGUAUGGGACCUUCAAGUGAUCCAAUGGCGGUGGUAGACCCUGAACUUAGGGUCUAUGGCGUGAAAAACCUCAGAAUAGUGGAUGCUUCCAUCAUGCCAACGGUUGUAUCAGGAAACACAAAUGCUCCAGUCAUAAUGAUAGCGGAGAAAGGGUCAGAUAUGAUAAAGAAACAAUGGCUGCCGAAUAUUGCCAACAGGUUCGAUUUCGGAGAUGGGAAAGAGAAUGUCAGUGUCACCUCCGGACUUGCUGGAAAUAACCCCAGUCAUUAUGGAGGGUAUAACCACGGUGGUCAUCCAAACUGGGGUGGAUUUAGGCCUCAUUAUUGGCAGGGGGGUGUUGGAUCAAGUCACCAACAUCCAAAUCAAGGGUAUUACAGCGGACGAGCAUACCACCAAAAUCAAGGUUUUAUCGAUGCGGAAACACAUGGUUGGAACCAAGGACAUGCAGUUCACCAAUAUCAGAGCGGGUUCGACAAUGAAGCACACGGUAACACUGCCCACUACGUUAAUAGCGUUCACGCUGAGCCGGUGUUGCAGAGUACUGGACCAUCUAACAGCAGAACAAAUUCAUUUUUCUUCGUGCCUAAUAAGACGGGUCAAAGUGAUGAUGGGCAUUACCACAGUCCUUCACCUUUGGCACGCACCGGAAACAGUGUGAAGGGUAAUCAACAAAAUUAUUGGUUUCCUAAUAAACCAAAGCCACAACAAGCCCACUGAGUGAGAAACACACUUAGAGACAUACAGUGAAACCGAAAUAAAUAGAGAGAGAGAGAGAGAGAGAGUGUGUGUGUGUGUGUGUGUCGAGUAUAAACCCUAAAUAGUUGUUAAAUGACUGAUAUAUUUAAUAUGCAAAUAUACAGACACCUUUAAAAUAACAUGUGGUCAUGUUCCAGAUCGUAAUGCAUUUGUCAAGAAAGCAAUUUAGCCUCACAUGUGUAAUAUUACCAUUCGAAAUUUA